AUGGCAGACUGCAACGAGAAUGCGGCAUGUCAAGAACAUUCAAGACCCAAGGACUGCGCAGACGACACAGAUAGUGAUGACGAACCAAGCUUCCAAGAAAAGCUCAAAAACUUGCUGUCAUCUCACGCAAUCAAAAGCGCGUUCGAGAAAACACCUAUCAAGUUCGUCCCCGAAGGCAUCAUCCACGAGCUGAUUACGGAAGACCAAAUCAAGGCCGCCUUGGAUAUACAAGCAGCAACAGUUGAAGAAGACGAACUGGUGGGAUUCACACGUAUGCGCGCGAAAAAGAUAUUUGCUAUCGCAAUCCACGUACAGCCAAACAAGAUAGUCGCAAUCAUGAAAUGGUGGAAGAAGAAUAAUAUGGACGAUGGCGAUCUGCCGAUCACCUUUCGGCCUGGAUGGAAGAGGCAGUGGCUUUCGGAAUUUUGCGAAAUGCAAUGGAUGUUCCUCGCUCCUGUCUUCUCGACAACUCAAUACAACCGCAAUCUCGAUGACGCCCACAUCUUACCUUUCAUUUCCAAAAGGAAGCAUCUGGAUCCGCCGUUCCUGGAUCAUAGUUCGUUCGCAGUCAAGGAGAUUCAGCCUUCCGAUAACGCGCAGGAAGUUGCAGAACAUUGGGAAAGAGAGGUCAAAGCCCUCCGAACCAUGAAUGAGUUGAACCAAGAUCACAUCGUUCGUUUCGUUACAGCUUUUCGACGCCGUAGAGAGCACGGCGACCCAGAUCACUACCUGAUAUUUGAAUGGGCUGAUGGCGGAAACCUCCGCAGCAUGUGGAAGAGGGAGCAUUCCCCAAUAUUGACGGCAGCAUUAGUCAAAGAUGCUAUGUUCCAGAUACUGGGACUUGCCAGAGCACUCGCGGCUGCGCACGACCUCGACAAGACCGGCGCAUCAUACCGCCAUGGAGACAUCAAGCCGGAAAACAUUUUGUGUUUUAGUAACGGCCGCACGAUUGGUACUCUCAAAAUUGGCGACUGGGGUGAAGCGAAAGAGCACGGACAGGUGACAGACAUGCGUCCCAGCAAAACCACAGCAAAAUAUGGCACUCGUGUCUAUGAGGCCCCUGAGGUCGAAACGGGCGUCAGAGCUAAGUACCUGGGUCAGUCAACAAAGCGCCGCUCUCGACUAUACGAUGUCUGGGCGAUGGGAUGCAUCACUCUCGAAUUCACCAUAUGGCUGUUGAAAGGAUGUCAGGCCGGAAGUACAGCAAUAGGGGAUCUUCUGGAACUUGUGAGAACAUCACUACUGGUUGUUAAGCUUCCACGAAGGCUCGGUUCGAAUCUUUCAGAACUCCCAGAACGACCUCGUACCGACUCGGUCGUCUCGGAGGCAAGGCUUGAAGCAAGUGUUACUCCCGCGAACAACACACCCUUUGACCUUGAGGAUAUCCCAGAUGUAACAACAGCUGUAGGAAUUCCUUCUUUCAGCAUCACUCCUGCUGAAGCGGAGCCUGAAAGAAUCCCCAUACAGCCUGAACCCGAAGCGCAAGGUCACUCACGAUGCCUCGCAGCCGAAUUCUGCUCGCGAAUGGAAUAUAUUGUCGCAGAAGAUCCGGAUGAAGAUGAAGGCUAUUGGCUUACAUGUUGGGUACAGCCUGCAGAACUCCGCUCGACGGCAGAUCUUAUACUACCACCCUCUCCCACCACAGAAGUCUACUCUGGUGAGGUCUUCCAAAAACCAAGCUGGGAAACCAAUCGACCUACCGUUGGAGGGUUGAUGGCACCCUCCCAGAAGAGGAUAGACUACGCGCCUCCAGAACUCGAUGAAGAUGACUGGAAGUACCAGUCUGGCAAUGAUCUUGCAUCAAGUUUGUUCGUCUCACUCAGGGAAAGCAAAUCCCUAGGGUCGUCCGACAAUAUCUCUCAAUCUCGACUCUGCUCAGAUUGCAUCUGCCUCCAAGAGGAGUUGUUCACACCAGGAUUUUCUAAGUCGUACGACGUGCACAUCCUUCGAAUGAGCGCCGAGAGAAAGCACUGUGACUUGUGCGUCCUGCUCUGGCAGACUGCUAUCCGAGACGGUGGCGUGAAGUUUGCGAGCAUCAAGCUUGAGCGGACUGGUUCGUUUCUCCGGAUGAAAAGCAAUGGCCUUCCUGUACUGUCCAUCGUCCAUUAUCCGGAGGAGCUCUCUAGGGUUACCAGCGAUGGCCAGGUUGGAUUUGUUCAGCUCCCAGAAGCAGGUAGCACCGCUCACCUUGAGGUGCUCCAGCACUGGCUCCACGAUUGCAACGGCCAUCACGGAUGUUCCCCAGCUCAGCAUACAGCAAAUAGCACAAAGAUCCGGCUACCAACGCGGUUAAUCGAUGUUGGCACAGAUGAGGAUGACACAAUUCGACUGUGGGAGACCGAACCAUCGGAUGUGGGCGAGUGGAUUGCUCUAUCGCAUAAAUGGGGAUCUCGACAUCUUUCUACCACACCCGAAACCCUUCAAGACCACCUAAACGGUAUCAAGAUCGGCAUCCUCCCAGCCACAUUUAAGGAUGCGGUAAUCGUAACCCGCGCACUUGGACGUCGUUAUCUUUGGAUAGACUCACUUUGCGUGAUACAGGGUCCACAAGGCGACUUCAUGACCGAGGCCAAGCGUAUGGAAGCAGUUUAUAGCGGCGCCUACUGUGUUAUCGCGGCUAGUUGCGCUACUGACCACUAUGACGGCUUCUUGAAGCCUCGCACUCGACGAGAGUAUGUUGGUCUGAGUGGUCAAGGCAAUGGUCAACACCCUUUCUACAUCUGCCAGAACAUCGAUAACUUCAAGGACCAUGUGCUUGGUGGUGAGUUGCACAGUCGUGGUUGGGUCUUACAGGAGCACGCUCUUGCCCGUCGAACGCUUUUCUUCACGGAGCAUCAAACUUACUUCGAGUGCGGUAACGGCGUGCGCUGCGAGACGUCAACAAAGUUGGAUAAGUAA